AUGGAUCCAUACAGCCUGAAGAGAGACAAUAGAAAGAAGUUCCAGGAUAAACAGCGCCUGAAACAUCGCCAUGCGACCCCAAGUGAUCGAAAGUACAGGACUUUGAACCACUUGGAGAAGCAACGCGAAGAGGACCAGGCCAAAGACGCAGAAGAAGAAGAAACCCCGACUCCUUCAAACGAAUACAGGUAUCAUGAAGACGUUUCCAUGACUUUUGAGAACCCUAAUGACCUCGAAAGAAAUUCCGAUGCCAACAGCAAAGCCAGAGAGGCGUUGCGUGCUAAAGUCGAACAAGACGAGCCCUUGCUGCAAGCUCAGCGUACUAAAGAAGCGCUCACUACUAAAGAUUUACACGCCAUGGGGAUUGAAGGAUUGAACGAUCUCUUGGGCUCGAAAUCGGGCACUCAGACUACCAGAUCCAGGCCAGCGCAGGCACAAAAGGCUAAUUCACCCUCCAAUAACGCCACGAAGCCCAUUCAAAAACCCGCCGUGACAAAAUCAAUGGUACCCGAUGAGCUGAUGGCAGAACAGGACUUCCUUGACGACAUUCUGUAG